AUGAGACUCACUAUUGUCUCGGUGUUUGCCUGCUUGGCAGCGUGGGUUGCGGCCCUUGCUCUCCCAGGCCAAAAUUUCGGCGGGCUCAAAAUUAUUGAGCAUCCGGACCCAGAGAAACGACAACUUUUGCAAGACAUCGUAACUUGGGAUGAAACGUCGCUUUUUAUCCAUGGCCAGAGAAUCAUGAUAUUCAGCGGCGAAUUCCAUCCAUUUCGACUUCCUGUGCCGUCUCUAUGGUUAGACGUCUUUCAGAAAGUCAAGGCUCUUGGGUUCAAUUGCGUUUCUUUCUAUCUGGACUGGGCGGUCCUGGAAGGCAAACCCGGAAACUUUUCGGCUGAAGGAGUCUUCGCUCUCGAGCCGUUUUAUGAAGCUGCCAGCGCCGCAGGUGUUUAUCUCAUUGCUCGACCUGGUCCUUACAUCAAUGCAGAGGCAUCUGGUGGAGGGUUCCCUGGCUGGCUUGCGAGACUGCCGGAUAGACUUAGAACAACAGACCCAGGUUAUCUCGCAUCAACGGAAAAUUAUGUUCGAAACGUCGCAAGCUCCAUUGCUGCCGCCCAGAUAACGAACGGUGGACCAGUCAUCCUCUAUCAGCCUGAGAAUGAAUACAGCCAAGGUUGCUGUGGCGUGGACUUUCCUGACGGCCAGUAUAUGCAAGAUGUCAUGGAUCAGGCUCGACAGGCAGGCAUUGUGGUUCCCAUGAUCAGCAACGAUGCAAGGCCAAGUGGGCACAAUGCUCCUGGCACAGGAGUUGGAGCAGUGGAUAUAUAUGGGCAUGAUGGCUACCCGCUUGGGUUCGACUGCUCACAUCCUAGGGCGUGGCCCGACGGUGCCCUGCCAACGACCUAUUGGCAGACGCAUCUGAAUGAGAGUCCUACAACCCCAUAUAGCAUUGACGAGUUCCAAGGGGGUUCCUUCGAUCCUUGGGGAGGGCCGGGCUUCGACAAUUGCGAGAUACUCGUGAACUAUGAAUUUGUUCGAGUCUUUUACAAAAACAUUAUUGCAUCGGGUGCCAAGAUCUUCAACAUAUAUAUGAUCUACGGAGGGACGAACUGGGGUAAUCUAGGUCAUGAUGGGGGCUACACGUCUUAUGACUAUGCGGCCGCAAUAUCGGAAAAUCGCCAGGUCGAUCGACAGAAAUACAGCGAAACUAAAUUAAUAUCCAACUUCGUCAAGGCCUCACCAGCAUAUCUCAUUGCCGAACCGCUGCAACUCAAUACUACCUCGGUCUUCACCAACACGUCCGAUCUCACAGUCACCUCAGUGGGCGGAAACGAGAGCGAAACUACAUUCUACAUCGUUCGACAUUAUAACUAUUCCGAUCUCAGUGCCACCUUGUACAAGCUCUCUGUGCCGACACGCUCAGGAAACUUGACAGUCCCUCAACUCGGCGGGACAUUGACGCUUGGUGGCCGUGAUUCUAAAGUGCAUGUGGUUGACUACGACCUGGCUGGAGUAAAUCUGCUCUACUCCACAGCAGAGAUAUUCACAUGGAAGGACCUCGGCGGAAGGACAGUGCUUAUUCUAUAUGGAGGCGAAGGCGAGCAUCAUGAACUAUGUGUGACGUCGUCAUCGGUGCCUUCCGUGAUUGAAGGUGAUUCUUCGACGGUCACGACCAGCCAGACUGGGUCUGGUGUUAUUGUUGCUUGGGAUGCUUCUUCAACCCGCCGCGUGGUGCAGAUUGGACAGCUGGAGGUCUUCCUUCUUGGUAAAAACUCGGCCUACGACUACUGGGUCCUUGAUCUCUUUACCAUCGGAUCUAGGAACAGAUUUGCGUCAGCAUAUACCAACGCCAGUUCCGUGAUCGUUAAAACUGGCUACCUCGCGAGAGAAAUACAUCUCAAUCGUGACGAGUUGCAUCUGAGGGCUGACUUUAAUGAUACCACCUCCAUUGAAGUGAUUGGAGUGCCGACAACCGCAAAGUCACUUUUCGUUAAUGGUGUACCCGUUCAAUACAAAGCGAAUAGCCGAGGCGACUGGUCGGCAGCAUUCGACUACGAAGAUCCAAAUAUAACCCUUCCAGAUAUCCAGAGCCUGGAGUGGAAGUACAUUGAUAGUCUCCCAGAAAUCCAGCCAGCGUCGGACUAUGGUUAUCACGGCGGCUCUCUGAUCUAUCGUGGUCACUUCACUGCUCAAAGAUCAAGCACCAACCUCUCCCUCAAUACCCAGGGUGGUUGGGCCUUCGGCCACUCUCUCUGGCUCAAUCAGAGCUUCCUGGGAUCGUAUGUUGGUGUGAGUACAGAAAACAACACCAACGCAACAUACCUUCUCUCCACCCUCCAGCCAGGAAGCAACUAUGUUCUGACCAUCCUCAUUGACCAUAUGGGACUGGAGGAGAAUGGAUAUGUUGGUUCAGACCAGAUGAAGACACCACGCGGGAUCUUGGACUACGAGCUCGCUGGCUAUGAUGACAGUGCCAUCAGCUGGAAGCUGACUGGUAACCUAGGUGGUGAAGACUAUGUGGAUCGCAGCCGGGGACCAUUGAAUGAGGGAUCAAUGUAUGCCGAGCGACAGGGCUGGCAUUUGCCAAAUCCACCAAGUCUGUCGUGGGAAAGUCGCAGUCCGUUGAUUGGGAUUUCAGACCCUGGAAUCGGCUUUUUCAGUACCUCUUUCGACUUGAGUAUCCCUGACGGAUGGGACCUUCCGGUGUCAUUCACAUUCGGAAAUACCACGACGCCUGCCGAGCCCUACAGAACCCAACUCUUUGUCAAUGGUUUUCAGUACGGGAAGCAUGUCAAUCACAUCGGUCCGCAAACAAGUUAUCCAGUGCCACAGGGGAUCUUGAACUACAAUGGAACAAAUUGGCUGGCCCUCACCCUAUGGUCCCAACAACCCGGUGGGGCCAAACUGGACAGUUUGGAGCUUGUGUUUGAUCGUCCUGUUGCGACAGCUUUGACAAGAAUUGGUUUUGUGGAGGGAUCAGUUUAUACGCUGCGACAAGGAGCAUACUGA